AAAGCGAAACGUUGAUACCGGUACUACCAGAGCCUCACAAAGAUACCAUCAGCCACCAUGAGUAUGAGUUCCAGUAUUCCGUUUGCCAGUUUCAAUCAAACAUCGGAGCUGACUUCGGUUCCGCAUGAUCCCAUGCUGUCGUUGGCAUCCAAUUGUAUCCGAGAUUAUUUUGGUCCUACCGUGCAAUUGGUUGCUGAUGGGCUUGUCUUUCGUGGAGAACCAUUGACACUUCAGCAGUUGGUUCAGUGCUUGAGGACGAAAUGCCGGCAGAAAGUGUACAGCCAAGAACGGAUCCGUUUGCUGGGCCCAAAGGUGGCAUCACGCCUUCAAAAUCAAUCCUUGCAAUUGCCUCCCAUCAAGGCAGCUCUGUUGGUUUUGAUCCAGCACUCCAUUGUGACUGUCACUGUCAAAAAGGUCAAGGGAAAAUUGCAGUACCAAUACACUUAUGACCGAACCAGAGCUCGCCUCUUACCCAGGUAUCCUCGCUAUGUAGAGUAUGCCAAGAGGGCCCUGGAUGAUAAUGCCGUUGCCUUGGUGGAAGAAUUGCUCGUGCAAGGACGGCUCAGGACUGUGGAUGCAGUCUCCAAGACUGUCGAGAGACUCGAGCAAGCAGCUGCUGCGAAUGAGGAAGCUGCGAAUGAGGGAGAGGACGAUGACGAGAACAAGCCGGAUGAUAGCAAAAAGAAAGAAGACAAUACUGCCUUGAAACAGACGGUUCUAGAGAGUUUCAAAAAAUUGGCACAAGCUGGCUUUCUGGAAGAAGUACCCAAAAUGAAAAACGAGUCAGAAAACGCGGACCCAGAUGCCGGAGAAACAGAAUUUGAAGCCAAGGAACCACCCAAAAAGAAGCAAAAGACAGGCAACGAUGCGGCUGAUGACAAUGUCAAACUGCAGGAGGAAGAAGAUCCUGAGAUUGUCAGUUUGCUGAAAGGCUCGGCCUACAAGAGAUUUCUGACUCGUCACACGGUCUGGAGAGUCAACAUUGCCAUGUUUCACGAGUCUCUUCGAAGCUUCAUCUUGGGACGUCUUGUGGCGGAACGAUAUGGACACAAAGUACAAUCUGCCGGAUCUAUGGUCACUGCGGCAUUGAAAUAUCUAGCCCACAGGCGACAUGCCGAAAAGAGUACCGAUACCGAAAUGACCUUUGAUGCAGCCAGCAUUCAACGGUACCUUCCCAAACCCGUUCAAGAGUUGUUGGAGAAAAAGCGACAGGCAGCUGUCGCCAACAACACGAGUCGUAAUAUGGCGGUCGUUUCGCAAGUGGCAAGAGCAUUGCAACAAUUGGCAUCGUACAAAUCUCCCAUUUGUGUCUUGGAAGUCGAAACAGGGGCCAAACCGGAGGACUCUCGAUUCGAGAUUUGUACUACUCGAAUGGUCCAGUACCUGCAACAACGCAUCACCAAUCAAAUGAUUUUGGAUCAUCACGGAGAAGUGGGCGCUCGUAUUGUCACCGUAUUGUCUCGCAACGGGUAUUUGGAAUCGGAUUCUCUUGCCGAAGUCUCCAUGGUGCCAGCCAAGGAUUGCAGAGAGAUUCUGCAUCGUCUGUAUCGCAGCAAAUACAUUGAUCUUUUCACCCUCAGCCAAAGCCGACAACAUAAUCCUUCCAACAUGAUCUACCUCUGGACCGUCAAUGGUCAGCGCAUCCUCAAGAAUGCGACCGACAAUGUCUGCACGGCGCUUCUCAAUUUGCGGCUGAGGCGCCAACACGAAGUGGAAGUUGGGAAGAACUGGAUUGAACGGGCCCAGGAAGCUGGUGAUAUGGAUGAGAAUGAUCACGAGGCGGACAAACAGAAUCACAAAAAGUUUUGUUUGGGCCUGGAACGUUUGUACGGCUCCUGUCUCCAACUCGAUGAGACCCUGAUGAUUAUGGAGGAUAUGUGAGGGUUUAGUACUGUAGCACCGAUAGCACAUUGCUGGUGAUUUGUCUAAACAAUUAAUUACAGCCAGUGUUCUUGCCAAGAAACGCCAUCAACACGAGGCCACGCACAAACAGUUGUGCCACCGGUAAUGAGUGUCAAGCGCGUAUUGAAUGAUACCGGUAGAUUGAAUCGGUGAUGCUGCUUUGAAGCAAUCGAGGACGACGAAUAAUUCGAUUCGGAUCCCAUGCAACAGGGCGCGGUUUUCGUGUAGUGCACUACAGUAUGGUGCAGUCGAGUGAAAGAACAUCAGUUCGUUCUGGACUGCUGUGAUCUAGCUAGGAGCUACCAAUCGGAGGCUGGAAAUGUUGCAAUCGGACGAGGCUGGAAAUAUUGCACUGCUCCGUGCAAUAGUCUUUCACCGAUGCUGCAGCAGUUUGAAUUUGGGGUACAACUUAGUUGGAAGCCUCAAUCGAAUGUACCACCAGUAAUCGUGGUCAAAUGAACCACAGGUCUCUCCUCAGGUGUUGAAGCAGGAGGGUCACCAGCCUCUUGCUCUUUGAGAUAGGUUUCUAGUAGAGGUCCAGAGACAUCAUCAUCUGCCUCCACCGUAUCAUCUUGAUCUUCACUGCCAGCUUUUGGUCUCAAGAUCCUGGUUCUGUUACCAAUAUUUUUCAUUUGUUCCGCCAUUUGUUUAUAGUUUUGUUCCAGCACCAUCAAGUUCUCGACCAAAGCAUCUUUGGAGAGUCCCGAGAGUGCAGAUCGCUGCUCCUCGGCAUUACGUGAAUUAUUCCAUACAGCACCCAAGUUACCACCAUACUUUCGCAGCCACGGCAUGAGGGUUCCUGUGAAGGCCAUGCGCCACGCUGCACCCCCGCGAGUUCCAAAGUCAGAUCCUUUCCGUAGCUUUAUCAUGAACAGGAGACCAAGUCUUUCAAUCAGUGGAUGGCGAUGCUGUAGCAUGGGAACAACACAAUAACGAGUGUCAGGCUCACGAUGACGCAGUCCAAACAAUGAGAAGCCAGUAGCUGCUUGUGCCAGCAAUGGCACGGCAGCAACCGAUUCAACCACGUACGGCCUCAUGGAUCAGUAAAUCACGGGCAAAGCAAUGUGGCAACCCAUCCAAAGGUAUAUCAUCUCUGAACCAUCCAACGCCAGGAGCAAACACUUCUCUGUCAAUUCGUCCCAAGUAAAGAAGGAAGAUAGCCUACACAGCGCAAGAUUGACUUUCUUUGUGAGAGAGUCUCACCAUGUUGGCAUUGCUCAAUGAACAACGUACCAUAAACUUGAGGCCGCGAACCAAAGCUGUGAAAGUCGUUAGUCCAAGAUUCCAUACUUCCUGGAUUGUGUUGCUAAUGUUGACAAUGGCGGGACGACUUCGAUAGUACCCUCGACUCCAUCGGCUUCGAAUGAACAACAUCAGCACCUGUUUGAGUAUCAUCGUUAUCAGCAUUCCGAUACAGUUGGCAGUAAAUCGAAUCAUCAUUUGUUGUGUGUCAACAUAUAAGCACAAGAAGGUAAAGACGCUGAAAAGGGCGUAAAAGGCAGCUGCAGAACACAAGCACGUCCAAAAGGCUGCACCGAACAAGAGAUUGGCGGAGUCCACUGAUCUCAGCAAAGAUGGUUGUGUUAGAUUCAGUGGCCAAAAGAACCUCUUCUGGGAAACCGAUUGAUACUCACUGGCAAACCGAUUCUGCAAAAACCUCCUAUCAUCAAGGCUGCGCAGUUCUCCGCAACGGUACUUCAGAAUACUGGACACCGCAGAGGGAACAUAGAGCAAGCUAGUUGAAAUUGCCGCGAAAAAUGCUGGUGGGAACCCAACAGCAAGCACAAGGAUAAACCUUGGAAUUUGAUCCACACAAGAAGUCGAUGAGUCAAACUCUGCGGGCGAUCGUCACAGAGUUAAGAAAGGCCAUUGGCCAAAUAGACUUACUUUUCAUUGGACAGAAGAUCAGGUGCCACC